CCAGGAGUUGCACCACCAGGACCCGGAGCUGAACCACCAGCACUAGGUCCACCAAUAGGUGCACUACUCGGUUUAGAUGUUGCACCACCAGGACCAGGAGCUGCACCACCAGGUGCGCCAAUAGGUGCACCACCAGGUUUAGGUGCUGCACCACCAAAUCCAGGAGCUACAACGGGAAUUUGUGCAUUAACCAAGAAACCGCCACAACCGACAAACGUAACAAUUUGCAACAAAAAAUACAAUGUCGUCAUUAUUGGUAUUCCUCGUCUCGAAGCCAUAUUAUAUGAAAACUUCUCGUUUGCUGCUUCUCUUUCAAAUUCCUUGGCGGGGUUUGUUUGUAGCCGAAGGAAGCAAGCAAAGACGAGGAAUGUUUGUAUGAUCCUCUCGUCUCUUUCUUUCUUUUCGAUUUCCACUUCUCGUUUUCAAAAUUAUGUGUUUUUUCUCCGUUGAUUUCUCAGAAAAGUAUUAAUAGCGGCAGAAACUAUGGGACUCGUUCG